GAAGGAUGCGCAAAGGCAGCCGAAGAAUGCGCAAUGAAGACUUGAUGUUCAGGAUCACCAGGUUGGCUCUGGACGUGCUCUGGAUCACUUCCUGGCUCGUCGACUCUGGGCUUGUCCAGCUGCGGCGACCACGCUUUGCUCGUGUUGUUACAUCGCUUGGUCAUGCAGAUAAAUGUGCAAGAGGAGUGUCUUGCUGAUUACUAUGCUACUGUAUCAAUUCCUGAGAUCUCUAUGCUCAAUAUGGCUGUGUAGCAUGACCUGAUCCGGAGGGCGAUAUUCUAGGGUUGUGUUAGCCCAGCGCCUCUUGCAAAUGGCACGACCGGCGUGCGGUACUGGUUUGCAGGUCCCCACUUCAACCUGUUUGAUGCUACUGCUCGCAGCUGUGGCGUGGAGCUGCUGGUCUACUAUGCAGCUUGCGGGCGCGACCCCAGCAGCGGCGGUGGAGCAAUGUAGUGAGUCAGGAUGCACACUUGAUAACGCGUACGAUGUGUGGAAUGACAGGUCCCCUUGUAAGGCAGCUUCCGUGGUUUAUCCAAGAAACGAAGCAGAAGUAUUGAAUGCGGUUGCAGAUGCUGUGAGAACCAACCGAAAGAUAAAAGUGUCCACCAGAUAUGGCCACAGCAUUCCGAAACUAGCGUGCCCUGGAACGUCAUCUGGAGUCAUAAUCAGCUCCAAAAUGUACAAUUCCAUUGUGAGUAUCGAUACAGAGAAUGCCACUGUGACGGCACAGGGUGGAAUCACAAUGCGACAACUGAUCGACCAAAUUGCAAGCAAAAGCCUCGCACUCACCGUUGCACCAUCGUUUGAUGGCGUAACUCUAGCUGGGCUACUAGCUAACGGCGUCCACGGGAGCUCGUUAUUCGGCAAAGGUGGCGCCAUCCACGAGUACGUGAUUGGCAUGACAAUCGUCACGCCCGCUAGCGCAGCUGAAGGAUAUUCGAAGCUUCGAAUUCUGGGGAGUGAUGACCCAGACUUGAAUGCCGCCAAAGUAAAUCUUGGUGUCCUCGGCUUUGUCUCCACUGUAACCUUGCAACUUGAGCCUAUGUUCAAGAGACAGGCCACGAUGCGCGUCCUACACGAAAAUGACACUGGAGAAUUGGUGGACGAAGUGAACCGCAUCUCUAAAUCUGAGGAGUAUGGGGAGAUCAUGUGGUAUCCAUCGCUGCGUGAAGUGGUUUACAAAUACGAUCACCGCGUCCCAGUUACCACUCCCGGAGAGGGGAAGAACAACUACUAUGGACUGCAAUCCCAAUUGGCAACUACCGUUAUGGUAGCAAGGCUAACUGAGGAAGCAGCCGAGGCUGUUGGCGGGAGCAAAGGCCGUUUAAUGAAAUGCGAACUCGCUCUCUCAACCGUAACAGCACAGCAGACAGUGGCAUAUGGAUAUCAAAAAAACAAGAAUAUUGACAUUCCAAAUAUUGACAUAAUCAGCGUGAACAUUACCGCUGUAAACGUUACAAAAACCUUCCUCAACGCUUUCCCAGUGGUCGGCUAUCAAAACGACAUGGCGACUGCAGGCGGAUGCCAACGUGACCUGAAACCAGGCUUCUACUGUGCAUGGGAUCAAAGAGUCAAAGGGAUCGUAUUUUUCGACGCAGGGAUCGCUCUCCCACUGCGCAACUUAGGACCAUUCCUCGAAGACGUUCGGAAACUGCGCGACGCUGCUCCGGCGCACAGUCUCUGUGACAUGGAUAUCUAUACUGGUUUUCUCUUCCGCUUCGUCAAGAAAACCGACACCUAUCUAGGCACGGCGCAAGAGGAUACUGUCGCGGUGGACUUCGCCUGGAGCCGGGGCAACGACGGCAUGACGCCACGGCUGGAUAUGGACGUCUUUCAGGAGCUGGAGCAGAUCGCAAUCGACAAGUACGGCGCCAGGCCGCACUGGGGGAAGAACCGCAACUGCGCGUUCGAAGGCGUGUGGAAAAAGUACCCGAAGUUGCUCCAGUUUCUGGACACAAAGAACAGGUUCGAUCCGUCAGGGUUCUUUUCUAGUGAGUGGUCAGACGCGGUGUUGGGGCUGAAUGGCCAGGGUGCGCCUGGAGUGUCGACCGAUGCGCCGUUCUGCGCAAUCGAAGGGAACUGCAAUUGCGUGAUUGAUGAGCAUUGCGCGCCGCAGAUGAACUCGUUCUGUAGACCUGGACGAGUCUUCACGGAGGCCCGAGUGUGUCGCUCUCGUUGAUACUAAACAUUAUGCGGCGUCGUCACCUUGGACCUUUCAGGCGAACGGAUCGAUUAAGCUUUUUUCUCAAUAUUCUUCGUUGAAAUGGGUUCUUCAGUUCUCUAGACAUAAUCACAAUCUGACACCCUGCAGUUCCGCAAACCUAGGAUGAGCUUCUGCUCGUCGCAUGUCGGACAGUUCCACAUGCUUCCAUGCUUCUCAUGUGUGGCCUCUCCAACGCCAUCACUACGAAUGAGCGUGUGCACAUUUAUAUACCGAUAGCAGGCUGGAACGUCCGAGACUUUGAGCUGCUUAACUUCGACUUUCCAUCGAACCCCCUGCUACUUACCAAGGAAAAGAUUCCGCACUAAUACCACAGUGACUCACAUGAUUCUCUUCAAUUUGGUGUCAAUUAUGUAAGUAGAUUUGAUAUGAGUCUUAUGAACAGUGAUCGGCUGAGCUCCCCUCAACCAAAAUCUAACAAUUUUAGUGUAAUCUUUUUAAAAAACAUAGAAAAACGUUACAAAUUUACACAAGCGUGGUGCGUGUAAAUGUAUCUCUCCGCGACAUCUUCGUUCUCCAAA